UCAAGACGAUUUUUCCCUCCGCGAAGGCUGUGAGCGUCUCGUGGAUCCCCGUCGCCGAGCGCCAUGUCCGCAGUCCUGCUUCUACUUAUUUGUCUCGGUGGCGCUGUGGCCUGUGGCUGCCCCGGCACCAACCAAGUCUACGUCCUCCACAAGGCUCCCAUGACCGGCUGGUACACAUUCGUCCCGGGCGAAGAAGGUUUCCAGCUGGUGGUGAACCUGGAGGACGAGGCGAAGGUCGAGUAUAAGCUGGUGUACGUGAGGACUCGGCAGGCGUGGGUGAUAAAGGAAAUAAGAUCUCCCAUGGUUAAUGAUCUGUUCACCUGGAAUUCCACUGGUGCUCAGGGAGAUGGAGUCAACAACGUGAAAAUAUUCUGUCCAGGCCCGUGCAGGUGUCGCAAGGUGAAGGUGAGGGGUGAGAGGUGCUUCCGCGGCUACUACGGGAGGACCGACGUCGUAGAGCAACUCAAGGAAGAGGAGACUGCCAGACUCGAGCAGGAGGCGCUGGCGAAGGCACUGCGCACGACUAAGGGCUUGAGCUUGUUGGCGCCAUCGCCCCGCCUGCUCCCCACGACGUCCAUGACCGGUGAAGAUGCCCUCGAGACGCUCUUCAGGCAGAUGAACGGAAAAGACAACAGGAAUCUCCCGAAGGUGAAGAUCCAGUCGCCCUCCACCUCGCCAAGGAAGUCCCUCUCGCGUGUGAAGCGGUUCUCGUUGCCCGGGCAGAGGGACAGGAACCAGCGGGCGAACAUAGACAAUCUGCAGGGGCUGUUGGCCGGUCAGUUUAACCUCGGACACGAUGGCGCCGGCUUACAAAAUGGCCGGAAAAAGGGCUGGCAAGACGAACGCAGAAUUGACCAAGUAGAUAACACAUUAGAUGAACAAGAUGGUGAUCGACACAUGUUCGAUAUUCUGCUAAAUGACCAGCAAGACGAUCAGCUAAACAGGGACCAGAAAGGUGAAUCAAUAAGUAACUGGCAAGAUGUUCUGAUAACUGACCGGCAAGUCAAUAUGUUAAAUGACCGGCAAUCUGAUGUGUUAAAUGGCCGGCAAGCUGACAUCUUAAAUGGCCGGCAAUCUGAUAUGUUAAGUAGCCGGCAAGCUGACAUAUUCAAUGAUCGGCAAGCUGACAUCUUAAACGGCCGGCAAGCUGAUAUGUUAAAUGGCCGGCAAGUUGAUAUGUUAAGUGGGCAACUAACUGACCUGCUAAAUAGCCAGCAGGUAGAUUUGCCAAAUGUCCGACAAGUAGAUAUGUUAAAUAGCCAGCAAACUUAUAAUUUACAUGGCCAUCAAAUUGAAAUGUUAAAUGACCGCCAAACAGAUCUGCCAAAUGGUCGACAAGUGGAGUUGCCAAAUGACCGACAAUAUCCUAUGCUAAGUAACUGGCAAGGGAGUCGACAAGAGGACCAACGAGAUGCUCGACCAAACGAACGCAAAGCCGCCGCCCAAAACGAACAGGAAGAUGACGCACUAACUCGCCUGCUGUUUGCCCAGUCGCAAGUCCGCCAGAGAGACAGUUACCCGCUUUUGAGCAGCAGGUUACCCAAGAAACCUGCGCCGAAGAAUACCCUCCAGGAAACGCUAGACAUGCUGAAUAAACUCUCAGAGUGUGUAUUGUCUCCGCCAGAGACAUCAUCCUCAGCAACCGAACGACCGAGCAAAUCGUGUGCAGCGGGAACACACCCAGUUUCCGCCAAGGUUAAACCAAAGCCACCGCCAUACGGACCGGACACUAGGCGCACCAGAAGGAAUUUGAACUUGACAAUAUUGCAAAGUUUUAAUAAUCUGCAUAUCGACGGCCAGGAUAGCGAGGUCGUUGAGGAAGAAACAGUUAAGUGCGAACCUGAUGUUUACGCUUACAUGGGCAACGCAGAAUAUAAAAUCACUCGCACUGAAACAGGUCACUUCUGGUGGAUAGGAAUGGGGAAUGAUUUGUUCGCAGUCAGUGACGAAGGAGGCCCAUGUCUCGACCAGCUGCCCGCACACACCAAAUGGAUGACAGCCGUUGACAGAAAUGCAGUUAAGAACAACGAAAACGUGACAGUACAGUGUGUUGAUUGGGAUCCAUCAUAACCCAUCAUGUAUAUAUUUUCGAAAGUUUGUAUUUUACUUUCUUUGACUAUCUGUACCUUUGUGAAUUUUUCGAAAAGUCAUUUCUUUGCAAAAGUUCAGUUGUUGUGUAAAUUAUUUGAUUAGAUAAUGCAGGAGAUUGUUAAAUGUUGGGUUAUAUUAUAUUUUAAAAUACUUUGUUCAGCAAGAUAUCUACAUUUUCUGACCUUGAGAGUGCUGAUUUACCAGUUACGAAUUCGCUCGGAAAAAAAUGCUAGAGAUUGCAUUUCCAUGAAAUAAACCGCACUUACAGAGCUCAGAAGCUUGAAGUUGUAAA